GCGGCCCAAUUAAAAACUUAGCCUCUGGUGAUAAACAUCGUAUGGUUGAACCUACGAAACAAAGCAACAAAUGUAUAACAAAUAUUGUUGAAGUCUCAAAACGCGAGUAACUGUGGGUACAUUGGUGAACAGAUAUUCAAUUAGUGGACUAAAACCUUGAUGUAAUUAACUCAUCACUUAAUAAGAAGACAACAAAACACAACACGGCCCUAAAAAGUGGUCUGGACGAUGGCCAGUGUUGGCAUGGCAACGACAAGGUUCCACAGCAUUGACGCCAUCUUAGGUCUGUCUGGCCAAUCAGAAGCUCACUAUCAGAACGAUGUCCAGGACUCCAGACAAACGUCACUUACUGGGGCCACUUCCGGUCGCCAGUCGUCACCAGCGUAUAGUGAUUCGGUGACCCACGGUAAAGUGAGCGACCCGCACGUACAUUCUGGUAGGAGAAAAACUGAUGACGGUGUGAGCAGAUCACCACACGCGCAGCUCUCGUCCGGUACUCACAGCAGCACGCUACACACUACACACUUUAACAGUUCCCUACACGGACACGCUACACACCAUAGCAGCCAUCAGCAUCACGGGUCGUUAGAACACAGCAACAUCUCCAACAAUCGUCACAGCAACACCCACAAUCAUUCCAACAAUCCUCAUCACAAUCAUAGCAAGUCAAACAAUCAUUCACACAAUCACUCAAACAGCUCUCACAAUCAGACAAAUACAUCCCACAAUCACCACUCCAAUAACCACUCCAAUCACCACACCAACCCCCACAAUCCCCACACCAACCCCCACAAUCCCCACAAUCACCCUGGCCACUCGCUGACCGACACGGACGAGGCCGGCGAGCUGGACGAGGAGGAUGACCUUGACCUUGACGAGGGCCGCGGCAAGUGCAAGAAGAAGCACCGGCGCAACAGAACGACCUUCACGACCUUCCAGCUGUACGAGCUUGAGAUGGCCUUCGAGAAGUCGCACUACCCGGAUGUGUAUAGCAGGGAGGAGCUGGCCGUCAAGAUCAAGCUUCCGGAGGUCAGGGUUCAGGUUUGGUUCCAGAACAGACGAGCAAAAUGGCGGCGACAGGAGAAGAUAGAAUACGGGAAACUUCCAGAAACUUUGAACGUACCCUCUGUCUCCAUGAUGAUGACGCCUGUUUCACUCGGGCCUACGUCACUUCCGCUUGACCCCUGGUUGACCCCGCCCAUAAUGAGUACAGCUGGCGAUCUGGCUACCUCGGCAAUGACGUCAUUUUCCCCGUCCAUCAUGGGACAAGCGACGCCGCUUCUGACGUCAUCGGUUGUCGGUCCGACAUCGCCUCUGUCGUAUUCGGAUUACAUUUCGUCGGGUAUGACGUCACACUGCAACAACCUGACGUCACAGCUACACACUUUGUCGGAAAUGUUGAGCCCGCUACACGGCAAGCACGUCAGGACGCACGAGCGAGCCUACUCAGCCGAUAAAAGUUCCAGCAUAGCCUCACUGCGCGUGCGUGCUCGAGAGCACGUGCAAAGUCUGGAGCGAAAGAUGGAUGGUGGAUAUGUGUGAUGGUGGAUAUGUGUGAUGGUGGAUAUGAGUGAUGGUGGAUAUGUGUGAUGGUGGAUAUGUGUGAUGGUGGAUAUGUGUGAUGGUGGAUAUGUGUGAUGGUGAAUGUGUGUGAUGGUGGAUGUGUGUGAUGGUAGAUAUGUGUGAUGGUGGUUAUGUGUGAUGGUGGAUAUGUGUGAUGGAAGAUAUGUGUUAUGGUGUUUGUGUGAUGGUGUUAGUGUGAUAGUGUUUGUUUGAUAGUAGUUACGUGUGAUGGUGGAUAUGUGUGAUGGUAGUUGUGUGUGAAGGUGGAUAUGUGUGAUGGUAGUUUUGUACGAUGGUAGUUAUGUUUGAUGGUGCAAUGAGAUCUUAUGUAUGAUAAUCAUAUGUGGUAUGGUAGCUACUUAUUAUGGUCAUAUUUUAAAGUGUUUUGUGUAAUGGUGGCGAUGUGUGAUGGUAUUAUAUGUGAUGGUAGUUAUGUGUGAUGCUAGAUAUGUGUGAUGGUGUUAGUGUGAUGGUACUAUGAGAUGUACUUAUGUAUGAUAUCUAUGUGUGGUGAUAGUUAUUUAUGAUGGUUUUAUA